AUGGCGAUCAUUGCAAGAGAAAUUGGUGUAUUGUUGAUUCUUGCAGUGGUGUUUAGCCCAUUUUUGGUUAUUGGGCUGCAUGGUUUUGAGGAAAGCAAAGAUAAAAAUAUUAGUGGUAUUGCAGAGAGAAAAAAUAACUCAUCUAAUGAAGUUUUAGUUGAAAGCAAUAGUCUUAUGCAUGCUGGAAAUGGAGGAGCUGGAGGAGGAGGAGGAGGAGGAGAUAAUGGUGGCAGCAAUGGAGGUGGAAGUGGAAAAGGUGGCGGCAGCGGCAGCGGCGGUGGUAGUGGUAGUGGGGGUGGUAAUGGAAAUGGAAAAGAUAAAGGAAAGAACAAAGAACGUCAUAGAAAGAAAAAAGGAAAAGGAAAUGGUGGCGGCGGCGGUGGUGGAGGUAAUGGUGGCGGAGGCGGUGGAGGUGGUAAUGGUGGCGGAGGCGGUGGAGGUGGUAAUGGAGGCGGUGGCGGUGGAGGUGGUGGUAGCGGUGGAGGAGGUGGGGGUGGUGGAGGAAAAGGUGAAGGGCAUGGAUGGGGCGGAGGAAGUGGCGGUGGAGGAGGAGGAGGAGGUGAAUAUCGUGGCAUGUUUGCCAAGCAACAAGCCUGCUCGACGAGCAGACAUGUCUUUUUUCCUUUGUGCUCACCGAGCACAUAUGCAGAAGAAUUGUUGAGCACAAUUAUAAUUCAUUUCCUUGUAGUAGUUGCUAGCUGA